AUGUCUCGACCUCAGGAUGACCGGAACCAGGAAGCAACGGUUUAUCUCGGAAAUCUCGAUGAACGCUGCUCAGACGCACUUGUCUGGGAGUUGAUGUUGCAGGCAGGCCCGGUCGUCAAUGUCCAUCUUCCAAAAGACCGCAUCUCCAUGGCCCAUCAGGGAUACGGCUUCUGUGAGUUUUUGACCGAGGAAGAUGCGGAAUAUGCUUGUAAAAUUAUGAACCAAAUCAAGCUAUGGGGAAAACCCAUCAGAGUUAACAAGGCAUCUUCUGACAAAAAGCAGCUGGAUGUCGGUGCAAACCUAUUUAUUGGAAAUCUGGACGAAAAUGUCGACGAGAGACUUUUGUAUGAUACGUUUAGCGCAUUUGGUGUCAUGGCUACUACUGCGAAGAUUGCUCGCGACCCAGGAUCCGGGAAGUCAAAAGGCUAUGGUUUCGUGUCGUUCACUGAUUUCGAAUCCUCUGAUGCCGCUAUCGAGUCUAUGAAUGGGCAGUUCCUGAUGAACAAGGCCAUCACUGUCCAGUAUGCCUUCAAGAAAGACGGUAAAGGCGAACGCCAUGGAACACCUGCAGAGCGUCUUCUGGCUGCACAGGCCCGCAAGAACAACGCGCUCCCAGUCUCCGCACGGCCUCCGCCUGCCCCCAUAGCGUUUGGGGCACGUCCCCCGAUGCCUGGCUUCCAGGGCCCAUAUCAAGGCCAAUUCGCUGGCGUCCUGGCAGCGCAACCUCCUCCUCCACCUGGUUUUGCGCCUCAACAGACCAUUGGCCCACCUGGGAUGCAAAUGGGCAUGCCUGGGAUGCCACCACCUGGGAUGCCGAUGGGCAUGCCUCCUCCACCGCCCAACAUGGCCAUGUACAACGUGCCGCCCGGCUUUGCGCCGCCGCCGCCGCCUCCAGGAUUCAUGCCCCAAGGCAUGCCUGGCAUGGUACCACCCAUGAUGCCUCCUCCUGGCCCACCGCAACAAGCUUAUAUGGGCUGA